AGCUUGGGUACGAUUUGCAUAAUAAAAGUGUUUUUACUUUUCUCCUACGUGCCCCAGGAGUGGAGGUACUGCAAUGCAAUUGCUAAGUUAACUACGUCACAUCAUCGGAAGACUUCGUAAGAAUACCUUCCUUCUGUGUUUAAAUUCGUCAUGAAGUAGGAUUCGUAUCGCAAAGUCAUCGCAGAAAGAUAUGCGAUGACACUUCCGUGCCAAAUACGCGUAGGAUUUUCGAGGAAUGAGAAUAUAAAACACGGGUCUGUUACAUCCGAGAAGAGAUUUAUAUAUUAAAGCGAUAUACGUGAAGGAAUUUCUUCGGGCCGGAUGAAUCAACCGACGACGGUACGUCUUUGAUUUCGACUGCAAAAGCCGCGGGACAUCUCCCAGCCUUUUGUGCCGACUAGAAGCGAACACGUGCGUUAAUCGAGCAAGUGGGGAAAAAAAGCGAGAAAAAUGGCAACCGGAUACGACGAUUGUUACGAUGCUUCUUGGCAUUUGAUACCGCCCGAUUACGUCAGCAACGAGGAAGAUUACAGGUUAUUGGAAAGUAUGAAAAUGCCGGCUAGAACUUCCGGUUUUGCCAUAAGCGACAUUUUGGAGUUAAACGAUGCCAAGCCAUCGCAAGAAGAACCAGAUGUGCAAGGUGCCACGACGGUUUUACCAACGGCCAACGACGUGCCGUCGGCUUACCAGCAAUUUCUGGAGCAUACAACCGCCAUGUUGCAACCUAUGCACGCUAAUCUGAACAGGAGUACGCUACCACCGCCCCCACCUGGGUUAUUAUGGCCAACUGGACCGACGCUACCAACAGCGUUACCUCAACCUUUGGAAGAGGUGAACGUUCUCCAACAACCAGACUCGACAAGCCCGGCGAUCUCGGAUAUGUCGUUCCCGUCGCAACAAGAGAAUAGUCACGAGUCAUCGAAGGACGAAGAGUCGCAGGACUUCGAGGACGAACAACAGACCGGUAACGAGACGACACAGCCUCAUGAGACCGAGCACAAGAAGCGCAAGCGACGCGUUCUGUUCUCCAAGGCACAGACUUACGAGCUAGAGCGACGUUUCCGUCAGCAACGUUAUCUGAGCGCGCCCGAGCGAGAGCAUUUGGCCUCUAUCAUUCGCCUCACGCCGACGCAAGUAAAGAUCUGGUUCCAAAAUCACAGGUACAAGACAAAGAGGGCGGCGAGCGAGCGCGUCGAGGCCGGCGGCAGCGGUUGCUCGCCCAGAAGAGUCGCGGUUCCGGUGUUGGUUAGAGACGGCAAACCCUGCCAGUCCAAGUUGAUGGAACCUGCCGCCUAUCCCGGAAGCGGCCAGGUCCCUAUGACGCCGUACAUGCAGAAAUAUUGGUGGUAAGAUGUCUAGCCUAGCUGAUUAGAGUGAAACGAAUCAAACCAAUCCAUGAUGAUUUAUGCUGAUCAUGAUUAUUGUGCGGAUCGCGAUGGCAAUCCCCGAUAAAGAUAUAACUUCUGUACUACACUUAUGUUGCGACAAAAAGUUGUAAAGAUACGAAGGAUCGAGGAAAGACAAAUUCAAGAUAAAAGACAUGAAUGAUUUCGCGAGAGUGAAGUGGAAUAUGUUGAAGUAUUCUGAGGUGUUCGAAGAUUCGUGAUAAUUUGCAAUAGUGAUAAUGAUUAUAAAUACGAUAUCAUCGACGCUGCCACAGGUACUGUCAGCAGAGAAACGAUAGAUAAACUAGUUAACGAGUAUUAAUUCAAAAUAAUUGACAAAAAAUUUUCGAGACGCGUGUUCUUGUAUUCGACUUGUCUAGUGUAAACUUGAUACAUAUCUAAUCAGAUUCUUGAUGCAAUGAAUGAAAGAGUGAGAACAAGAUCGGCCCCAUUGUUUUCACAUAUAUUUUGGUUACAAAGUAAAUACCAACCGGAAGGUCUUGUCAAGAGAUAAUCGCAAAUAUCAGGGUGUAUCUAAUUAACGUUCCAGAGAUAUCCUCUGGUUCUAAGAGAGGUUCCAAGAGAGGUCCCAAAAAUUCCCAGAACAUAAGCGAUGAAGCCGUCUAGACAGACACCAACCAUUUGUUUGAAACCGAAUAGAACCUUUGGAGCUCAAUAUCUCUAAAAUUGAAUGCAAAACAAUAGGGCCAUUGCCUAUGGACACUUGUUCUCAAGCCUAUUACACAAUGCCAGGCAAUAGGCAACAGGAACAGGGAAUAGAAUUU